AUCGCGCCGAGCCCCGCGGCCGAAGCUGCUCCCCCGCCGCUCGGGUCUCCGGUCGCGCUGCUGUCGGCUUGGCUCGACUCGGCUCGGCUCGGCUCGGUUCGGCCCCGGCAUGGAGGCGCUGCGGGCGGCGGGACGCGCCGUGCUGCGGAGCCCGCGCCUCGCCCGGCACGGCCUGGGGCUCCGCCGGCGGCGCAAGCUUCCUGAGAGCUGGGCUGAUAUGCAGGAGCCGCUGCUCGAGGGGAUGUGCUUCACACUCAAGUAUCUAGGCAUGACACUGGUAGAAACACCCAAAGGAGAAGACAUGGCUGCUGCUGCCAUCCGAAGGAUCGUGGCCACGGCACGGGUGGGAGCUCGCAAGUUCCAGAAGGUGAUUCUGACAGUGUCUCCGAGGGGCAUCUCACUGCAGGAUGCAGACACAAAGGAGAUGGUUGAGAACAUCUCUAUUUACAGGAUCUCCUACUGCACAACAGACAAGCUGCAGAACAAAGUCUUUGCUUACGUUGCCCAGAGCCAGGAAAGUGGGGCACUGGAAUGCCAUGCCUUCCUCUCGCCCAAAAAGAAGAUCGCCCAGGCUGUGACUCUGACUGUGGCCCAGGCCUUCCAGAUGGCACUAGAUCUAUGGGAAGCAGCACAUGCAGGCUCUAGGCAGGAACAGCCCCUUCACCCUUCAUGUGUCUUGGAGAGCAGUGAGCCCAGCAGACCCAGUGAGCCAGCUCCCCCGGGGAGCCCUCCCUUCAGACACCAGUUUGGGGAGGAGGAAGAGGAGGAGGAAGAUGAUAACAUCGGUGAAACCUUAUCUGGCAGCAUAGAGGAGCUGGAGAGGGGAGCCCACAGCCCAGCAGGGUCAGCACCUUUUGUGCCCAGAGCAAGCUCUCCUACUGCACAGCUCCUGUGCUACCACCUGGGACAACUCUCAGAUGGAUGGAGGGGGCCAGGAGGGGUUGGAGACCUCCCUACAGCUGGCCUCAGGAUUGCUGGCCCUGAGACUGCUCUGGGAUAAGCUAAACCUUGGCAACAACGGACCAGCCACUCAGGAUUCACCCUGUGCCUGCCCCCGGGCCAGAGAGCGCCUGCCCCUGGCACUGCCUGCCAGGCCUGGGGCCUGCUGGCACCGCUGCCACGCAGAGCACAGCCUGCAACGCCCGCGCCCUGUCCUGCAUGCACCGCCUCAAGCUGCAGCUGCUCCCCACCCAGCUCAGGCUGGUGGACCAACGCUCCCUGCUCUGCCCACUCCCAGUGCAGGCAGGGCCACCCCGAGUGCACCUUGUGCCGCACUGUGUGCCCUGCCUCGCUCGGCCCUCCUGCCCUGCUCCUUGUGGUGGCCACUGGUGACCAGCUGAUUCUGAGCGGCCCCUGCAGCUGGAGGAGGACGCUCAGCAUCCGUGACCCUCGGGAAGCUGGAGGAGUGAGGAAGGCCCUUCCCCUGCAGCCCAGCCCCGCACCUUCUCACCAGUGAGAUGAGCUGCUUUUUAAAGGAAAGCUCUGCCUUUGUAGGGAAAUAAACUGAGGUUUUUUUACCGUUGCCA